AUGCUGGGAAACUUUGGUCUUGUUAAUGAAGCUGCAAGAGAAACAGCCUAUCAGUUGGUCAUUGCUGUAAACACCACCUACACUGUUGCUGCUCAGCUGUAUGCAUCCAUUCCAGGUUCUCAGAUUCUGUAUCGCUACAUCAAGGCAUCGUAUCAAGAUGAUCCAUUCCGCACUCUGUUGGAAGCUGGUUUGAUUUUAUUUAUGGUCUGGUAUUUCGUUGCCAAGAGAUAUCAGCCUGGUCAAAGAGCCGAGGUCGAACUGACUGAAAAGGAAAUUCAAGAUCUUAUCGAUGAGUGGGAGCCAGAACCUUUGACUCCUAAGCUCACCAAGUUCCAAACAGAUGAGCUUGCCAAAACCCCUGUGUUUAGCUCGAUGGCCGGACUUAAAGUCAAGUCUGCUGAUGGCAAGGAAAGACUCAAUUGGGCUAGUUUCAACUUUUUGGGAAUUAUGAACAACGAAGCAAUCAAGGAAAAAGCAAUUGCUGCACUCCGAAAAUACGGUGUUGGAAGCUGUGGACCUCCAGGUUUCUAUGGAACCCUUGAUGUGCAUGUUGAGCUAGAAGAAAGGAUUGCUCGAUUUGUUGGAUCCGAAGCGGCAAUCAUUUAUGCUCAAGGCUUUGCAUGCAUUUCCAGUUGUAUCCCAGCAUUCGCCAAACGAGGCGAUAUUAUUAUUGCUGACGAUGCUGUUAGUUUUGCUGCUCAAAAGGGAAUGCAGAUUUCUCGUGCUCAGAUCAAAUGGUUCAAGCACAACGAUAUGGGAGAUCUAGAAAAAGUGCUGCGUAAAGUUCAAACAGAUUGCGCCAAAAAACCGUUAACACGCAGGUUUAUUGUCGUUGAAGGUCUCUAUAUAAACCUUGGAGAUAUAUGCCCUUUUCCCGAACUUGUAGCUCUUAAAAACAAGUACAAAUACCGCCUGAUUGUAGAGGAGAGCAUGUCUUUUGGCGUACUUGGUCCUCGUGGUGCAGGUAUUGCUGACCAUUUUGGUAUUCCGAGUUCGGAAAUUGAUAUUAUGGUUGCGUCUAUGAGUAACGCUCUUUCCUCUGCGGGUGGGUUCUGUGCCGGAUCAAAGGAGAUUGUCGAACAUCAGCGACUUUCUGGUCUUUCUUACACAUUCUCUGCAUCACUUCCAGCAAUUCUUGCUGUGGGUGCUAUUGAAGCAUUGAAUGAGUUAGAAACACAACCAGAAGUACUUGGUAGGCUUGCAGAAAACACCAAUAUUUUGAAAUCCAAACUUCAGAAAAUAGGUGGUGAGUUUGUAUUAAAUGUUUCAUCUGCACCAGGAUCUCCUGUUAUCCACUUGCAACUUCAAUCUGGAUCUAACCGACAAGAAAACGACCGAAUCCUGCAAGAAAUCGUUGAUUUGGCGCUUAAAGACGGCAUACUUGUUACUCGUGCCAAGUAUGUGUAUAAUCAAGAGCAUAAUCCACCACCACCUUCAAUACGUAUUAUUGUGUCUGCUGGAUUUACUGCUCGUGAAGUUGAACGUUGUGGUGUUGUGAUUUGCGAUGCUGUUAAACGUGUAUUUAAGCAAUAUCGUCUAGAUAGUCGCUAA